GAGAGCAAAACUAUAAUUAACAGAAUUGGCUACAUGACAAUCAUAGUAUCAAUCACUAAAUCCCCAGAGUAGGUAAAUAGCCCUUAAUCCAAUGGUAAGCGAAGCGUUGUUUAUUAACAACAUAUCUUGAGUAAAUUAACUAACAUUAUCAGAUGAAUUAUUUGUUCGUGUGUCAGUACAAAGCAGUUAGUUAAACGUGUAUGAUCUCUUGUGAUGGCAAACAGUGAAGUGCUUCAGCCGGGCCUCUCAAUAAAACCGUGUGUUGAAGUGGACGACGUCUAUCUCAUAUUAAAAAAGAUUUAUGGAUUGAAAGUUGCUUCAAUAAAUAAUUUGAAUGGUUACGACGAUAAAAAUUAUCAUGUGAUUGUGGAUUUGGAAAGCAACGAUAAAUUAGGAGAUAUUUCUCGAAGUGGAUACGUUUUGAAGAUUAUCAAUCUUUUGGAUUCGAAGAAAAAAGAUGUUUUUGAGGCGCAAACUCAGCUUUUGUUGCAUUUAGCACAAAAUAAAAUAAAAUGUUCGAAACCAGUGAAAUCAUUAACAGGAGAAUACUGUUUAAUAUGGAAAUUUAAAUCGGGAGAACACCUGAUACGUCUAUUGGAAUACAUUGAUGGAACCAUUCUCUGCAAAAUUCCCUGCACUUCAAAAAUAUUUUAUGAUAGUGGAAGGUAUAUUGCUAACUUAGAUAACGUAUUAAAGAGUUUCGAUCAUACUGCAUACCACCAAUAUAAUUCGCUAUGGAAAAUGAACAAUAUCCCAAAACUUAAUGAAUACUUAUUCGCCGUCAAGGAUGAAGAAAACAAGAAUCUAGCAGAACAAAUCAUAGAAAAUUUCAAAACACGUGUCUUGGAAACAAACCAAAAGUUUGAGCAAGGUAUUAUACAUGGUGAUUUCAACGAACAAAACAUCAUCGUUCAAAAAGUCAAUGGUGAAUGGGAAAUCGACUCAAUUUUGGAUUUCGGAGACACCCACCAUUCGUGUUACUUGUACGAACUUGCGAUAGCUAUGACGUAUAUGAUCCUCCAAGGAAAUGAUGUUGAUGUUGGUGGUCACGUAUUGGCUGGUUAUCUGAGUUGCAGGGAUAUCCCAGAGCAUGAAACUCGUUUGCUAAAGAUAUGCAUUGAGGGUAGAUUGACACAGUCCGUCGUGUUGGGGGCAUAUACUAUAAUGGAAGAUCCUCAGAACACGUAUGUAUUGUCUACGCAACAAGAGGGUUGGAAGAUGCUUCGAAAAUUGAACAGUUUUACGGAUGAUAAUUUAUUGAGAAGAUGGAUAGAGAUUUGUGACAGUUACAAGUCAUAAAUAUUCUUUGUUCACUUCUUUUAAUAUGACCAAAUGGGACAAUAAUAAUAUAUUUAGUAACACAA